UCAUGCUGCUGCCAGGUCCAGAGUCUCUCAUGGGUCCCUGUACGGCCUCCCAUUGCUGCUGUCUCCAUCGCCACACUCUGCCAUGUGCCACUUUCAGGUCUCCUCACACAUGCUGGUGUGUUCCAUUUUUUGUCAUAGGGUGCUGGCAGAUUACGGGCCUCCCAUAGCUGCUGCCAGGCCCCUAAUCUGCCAUGGGCCCCUGUACCGCCUCCUCAUGCUGCUGCCAGGUCCAGAGUCUCUCAUGGGUCCCUGUACGGCCUCCCAUUGCUGCUGUCUCCAUCGCCACACUCUGCCAUGUGCCACUUUCAGGUCUCCUCACACUGCUGGUGUGUUCCAUUUUUUG